UUUACAAAAAUAAAUAUGGAUUGUUUAAAAAUUAUUAUUACUAUUUAUAGAAUGAAACGAGGAAGGAAGAGUAAUGGAGCUACGAGUGGCUCACGUGAAGAGACGGCCGAUGAGGAAUCCAAGAGGCACAAGAUGACAGAUGGGCAGCACGGAGCCGUGCGGAGGCCGGACUGGGCCAACCUGCUUCAGGACAUCAUCCUGCAGGUGUUCCAGUACCUGCCCCUCCUGGAUCGCGCUCACGCCUCCCAGGUGUGUCGGAGCUGGAACCAGGUGUUCCAUAUGCCCGAUCUCUGGAGGUGCUUCGAGUUCGAACUCAAUCAGCCCGCUACCUCUUACUUGAGGGCUACACAUCCUGAACUCAUCAAGCAAAUAAUUAAGAGGCAUUCCAACCAUCUGCAGUACGUGAGCUUCAAGGUGGACAGCAGCAAGGAAUCGGCGGAAGCGGCUUGUGAUAUUUUAUCACAGCUUGUGAAUUGCUCUCUGAAAACACUUGGGCUGAUUUCAACCGCCCGGCCAAGCUUCAUGGAUUUACCCAAGUCUCACUUUAUUUCGGCGCUGACAGUGGUGUUCGUCAACUCGAAAUCCCUCUCUUCGCUUAAGAUCGAUGAUACGCCYGUCGAUGAUCCGUCCCUCAAAGUGCUCGUGGCUAACAACAGUGACACCCUCAAACUCCUGAAAAUGAGCAGCUGUCCUCACGUUUCUCCAGCUGGCAUCCUGUGCGUGGCCGACCAGUGUCACGGGCUGCGGGAGCUGGCGCUCAACUACCACCUGCUGAGCGACGAGCUGCUGCUUGCGCUGUCCUCGGAGAAGCACGUGCGCCUGGAGCACCUGCGCAUCGACGUGGUCAGUGAGAACCCCGGGCAGACUCAGUUCCACGCGAUUCAGAAGAGCAGCUGGGACGCUUUCAUCAAGCACUCUCCCAAGGUCAACCUGGUCAUGUACUUUUUCUUGUACGAAGAGGAGUUCGACCCCUUCUUUCGCUACGAGACGCCCGUCACGCACCUCUACUUCGGGAGGUCGGUGAGCAAGGACGUGCUGGGCCGCGUGGGCAUGACGUGCCCGCGCCUCGUGGAGCUCGUGGUGUGCGCCAACGGCCUGCGGCCCCUCGACGAGGAGCUCAUCCGCAUCGCGGAGCGCUGCAAGCAGCUCUCGGCCAUCGGCCUGGGCGAGUGCGAGGUGUCCUGCAGCGCCUUCGUGGAGUUUGUCAAGAUGUGCGGCGGCCGCCUCUCCCAGCUCUCCAUCAUGGAGGAGGUCUUGAUUCCCGACCAGAAAUACAGCCUGGAGCAGAUUCAUUGGGAAGUUUCAAAGCAUCUCGGCAGGGUCUGGUUCCCAGACAUGAUGCCUACCUGGUAAACUCCCUGGACCGUUUCCGGGCAGAUGGAAUAGCACCUUAAACCCAAGCUUGCCAUGCUGCAAUUCAUCCUACGUGCUUAUUGAAUACUGUAGUUUURCUGCGUUAUUUCCUAGAAAAAUAAUCACUCAUUUAAGAGUUACUUGUAAAAUCCAGAUUUGAAAAUAGAACUUGUGAAUAGCUCCAACCCCCCCCCCCUUUUUUUUCUCAUCCAAACAAAACACUUCUGGUUUAGAUUUGCUGUUUCAUCGACAGUGACCACAGACUUGCAGAGAAAGAAAAUAAAAUACUCAUAGUAGGGGAAUGUCCCUGCAAAUGCACCUGUACCAGUUGUCCAUAUGUUCCCUGUGUCCUCCUUUGAGUUGGAUCUGAAGAUGGAUUGGAUUUGAUCUUAAAACCAGAGGAAGCUGCUGUUCCAGGCUCUAGAUAGUGGGAUGGGCCGGUCUGGAAUAUGCUGUGUGCUGUGAAACUUGCACCUUCUUUUAUAUAGAAGUCUUAAGAGGCAAAUGUAAUACAGUCAUGGAGUUUCGAUACUUAAAACACUAAAUUUGCUACCUUUAUUCAAUGSAUUAUUAAAUCCAUAUAAAAUGUGUAUCUAGAGUGCAAUGCSUAUCUACAGGAGUCAUGAGAGUGAACAGAAGUGUGGGGUGGUUUUUUUUUUGUUUUUCUUCUAUGCAUUUCAAAGUAGUUYGCUUACGGGGUCUCCAAUCCAUGCCUAAACCUGUUUUAAGGUAUUAUGUUUAGCUCAGGAAGCGAAAGCAUUCUGGGACUGAAGUGUAGAUAUAUUGUAUUUAAAACCUUAUGGGAGCUACGGAGCGUUCCUCGUGCGGGAGCCGGUUUUGCAGCACAGGGUGCGAAAGCCCCAUAGCAGCAGCGCGUGGUUUGUUCGCUGAACACUGCGCCGCUGAACGUGACCACGCGGAUGGGAAGAGCAAAUAAAAAGCUCAYGUUGGAGAGGUGGCCAAGAACGUUUCACAAAAUCCUAGGCCUAAUUGCUGCUUAGAAUUCGAGGAAAACGGCUUUGUAACAGUUGCUUCAGCUGUAUAAACUACCUGUAUACUGUAAAUCUGUUUCUGAAAUGUUUAUGUAUAAAGUGAAUGUUUGAUA